UCCACCGGUGUUCUGCACCAAGUCGAGCAUAAAUGAAUGUUACAGCGGGAGACAUGCGCGUCUGUCAGAAGCAGAUAUUGCACUGGUUCUUCUGUUAUCCUUGCCCUCAACUGGCUUGCUUGAGGACAGCUAAGUCCUCAAUUUUCAGGACAUGGGUGCUGGAUCAAACAAGGAAACAUUGUACUACUCACAUCCAAUCACAAGAGUAUAUUGUAAACAAAAACAACAAAGAGACCGGAAAGGCCCUUACACAGGAUCUCCUAGACAAGUAUGGACAAGUUAGCUUCAAGUACCCUAAUACAGAAUUGACAAUUUGCUCAUUGUUAGACAUGGGAUUCAUAGAAGAGCAAGUGGUUAACCUUUUUGAAAGAACAUCUACCUGGGAUGCCUUACUUGCUGCUGAUGGUCUUUCCAACAUCUCACUUCUUAUCGCACUAGAUUUAAAUCCUAUGACCAUCAUAAAUUUGGUGGAGAAGUGCCCUGAGCUUCUGUGUAUCAAAGGAAAUCUUCUUCAGAAGCGCAUUAAUGGUUUAAGAAAGCUAGGUCUGGUUCAAGAAAGCCUUCAUCAUGUUGUGGCUCACUGUCCACAAGCCCUUCUCAUCAAAUCAAAACAACUAGACAAUUUUGUGCAUUUUUUGCACCACCAAUGUCAAUUCACUUUACAACAAGUCAGAGAGAUCCUUCAUAGCUCGCCUUCCAUUAUUUUACAAGAAAAAGCCAAUGUGGAGUAUACAUUUCAGUAUGCCUAUUUUCGAAUGGGAAUCCAGCAGGCUGACAUAGUGAAGACCAAGCUUUUCAGGCUCACAUUUGAAGAAAUAAGAAGUAGGCACAUAUUUCUGGAGAGAUUAGGGCAAUAUGAGACUCCUGACAAGAAAGGGCAAACCCAUAUUGUUAACCCUAAAGUGAAGGACUUUCUUGGAGUCUCAGAACAAAUGUUUCUUAAAAAGGUUGCCAAAGUCCCAGUGGAAGAAUUUAGAGUGUUCAAAAAACUCUUAUCACGGGAGAUUGAAGAACAGGAAAAGGAAAACGAAGAUCUGAGCUCUGAAGAGGAAAAUGAGAGUGAAGAUGAUGAAUGAAUUUCACUGCAUGAGAAGGAAAAUAAAAUAUUACUUGUACAAGAUUUUCAGUAGCUGAGACUACUAAAAGCAGUUUAAACCCUGAUAGAGCUCUUGUUCUCUCUUUUAUAAGUUGAAUGGCUUGUUAUUUUCAAAGAGAGGAAAAUUAAGAAAAUUUCUACAUGAAUCUAGUUCACACUUUUAUUGUGAUCUGGUUCAGCAUCUCUUAGUUCAUUCUUUAAUAAUGACAUUAAUAACUAGUUAAAAGUGAAAAAUAUGAGUUGGUAGACCCCUCACUGUAUACCGAAAGGUGAAGGUUGUCUUUCAGAGUAAAAGAACUAAAUAGUUAUUAUCAAAUCAGCAUUGUAUUUAUUAAAUUCUGGGAUCACUGCAGUUAAUUGAUAUAAAUGACAAAUUUGUCAGAGAUUUAAAAGAGUAAAGAGGAGAUUAUUCUGGAGGAGUGUAUUUCUGUUUCAUAUUAGGCUAAAUAAUUAUAAUGUGAGUAAUAAAUCCCAUUUUAUAUUUUUAUUGAACUGCUAAGAGUGGUAUAGUUUGCUGUACUUUAUUGGUGUUUAUUUUAUGAAUGUGUAUUCAAUUACAGAAAUUAAAAUGUUUUCUUAUCUAGUAUUUCACUCAUUUUUAAAAUUACCUUAGUAGCUAGCAAAUAAUGGUGCCACAGUGUUUGCAGAGUUUGAAUCCUGUGCCCAGUCAUUUUCUCCAUGUCUCUGUGAUUUUUCUUCAGGUACUCUGAAUUUGUCAUUUCAAGGAAGUGUGCUAAUUGAUAAUUAUUAUUACCCUAUCUGGAAGGUUGUCUCUCUGAAUUGCCUUUUGCAAGAUUUCUUCCAAUUUUUCCCUACAUGGGUCUUCUUUUGGGAGUUUUCUUAUUGUAUUCCCAAGAAGUCAAGGCUGGGGAGCUGUUAGAAAAACAGGGCCUGGUAAAGGCCAUGGUGGCAUACUUUGUGAUACAUUGCUGUUGUCUUUUGGCCCAGUGCAAGUUUAGAUGCAUUCAAGAUUUGGUCUUGCAAUGGACUGGCACCAUUUAAGGGUUGGUUCUUACUUUGUACCUGAUGAUGUCUGUAGAGGCUCUUACUCCUUGUGACUCCGAAAUUGAAUAUGUAUAUGUAAUUUUACACUUUAAGGUACUGUAUUUGAUUCAUGAAUAUUAAUUCCUUUUCUUCUUUGAAGGUGAAGCAUGAGUUGAAAGACAAAACAGCUAAUUCAACGUAACA